AUGAACGCCUACAGGAUGCUUCACCCCGCGUCAAACCAUAAGAUGAAAACAAGUGACAACCUCCGCUUCUCCAGAAGACGACUGCAUCAACCGCAGCUCAUCGUACCUGGAUACACCCAGGCCGUCGCCAGAAGGAACGAACGCGAACGGAACAGAGUACGUUUGGUCAAUAUGGGAUUUGCAGCUCUGAGGCAACACGUGCCCAACAUCACUCAAAGCAAGAAGAUGAGCAAGGUUGACACGCUUCGUUCAGCCGUUGAUUACAUCAGGUCUCUGCAAGACCUCCUCCAGCACGGACAGCCCUGUGGAACAGCAAGAGAACCAGAGUGGACGCUUCCCAACGAUGAACUGUUCGACUCGGCUUCGCUGUCUGGGGACGAUCAGAACGCUGAGUACAAAGAUGAUCCUUACUAUUGUCUUCCCAGUGUGUCCUCUGAUAUGGAAGGGAAUGAGCUGCGAAUUCAGAAUCUGCCACCUGAGCCACAAAAGAGUUUGUCUUCAGCUCCACAAACUGACCGCUACUGCGGCGUGGAUGAGUCUGAGUUCAUCAACAACUGCCAAUCGUGGCUGAUGUAA